GACAGCGCGCAAAUCUCCCUCUGACCUACUGGGAAUUAUGCAUCCUAACUUGGUGAGCUGGCUGGGGACUCUGGGGUUCCUGCUGUGGGCGCUUCUCUGCCUGAGCGCCCUGACCGAGGGAUACCCGGUGAAACCGGAGAACCCUGGGGAGGACGCCCCGGCGGAGGAACUGGCCAAAUACUACUCCGCCCUGAGACACUACAUCAACCUCAUCACAAGACAGAGGUAUGGGAAGAGGUCCAGUCCUGAGAUUCUGGACACUCUGGUCUCAGAGCUGCUGUUGAAGGAAAGCACAGACACGCUUCCACAGUCAAGAUAUGACCCGUCAUUGUGGUGAUGCUGCCAUCAGUGUUGGCUCCACCUCACUACCGCCCCGCCGCUGCUGACAUUCUGACCUCUACACAUCUGUCACUUCAUACCCUCCUAUGCCAAAAGACCACCCUGCCUCUGA